AUGCUUUCUGGUUCAAUACCUCCACAGAUUGGGAAUUUGAGAAAUCUAAAUGAGUUAGACCUAAAUAGAAAUAACCUUACCGGUUCAAUCCCUAUGGAAAUUGGAUAUUUGGAUCGGUUAACACUACUUUAUCUUUCACACAACAAGUUAAAUGGUCCAAUACCUGCACAGAUGAAGAAACUCAAUUUAACUUUCAUGGAUUUAGACAUGCGCUACAAUGACUUGGAGGGUCCUGUUCCUGAUGAAAUAGCUUUGGAAACUCCGCCAGAAUCAUGGAAUAAUAACAAAGGUUUGUGUAGUUAUUAUUGGAACCUCCCAUGUAGAGGUAGCAAGAACAGGCUUAAAGUCAAGGUUCCCAUUAUUAUAUCUCUUUCUGGUAUCAUCAUAUUUGUUGCAUUUGUAAUUGUUAUUGUCCGGUUCCUCUUGAAACGAAAGUCGAAGAAUUUUAUCAUUGAUACAACAACGGCACAACAAAAUGGAGAUAUAUUUUCCAUAAGGAACUACGACGGGACGAUUGCAUAUAAUGAUAUCAUGGUAGUUACAGAAGAAUUUGACAUUAGAUAUUGCAUAGGCACCGGAGGCUAUGGGAGUGUUUACAUAGCAAAGCUACCUACAGGGAAAGUAGUAGCUGUGAAAAAGCUUCAUCGCCUAGAAGCUGAAGAGAAAAUCUUUGAGAAGAGCUUCACCAAUGAGAUACAUGUAUUAACAAGAAUAAGGCAUCGGAACAUCGUGAAACUUUAUGGAUUUUGCUCCCAUCCAAGGUGUAAUUUCUUAGUUUACGAAUACAUAGAAAGGGGAAGCUUAGCUUAUGUUCUUGGAAAUGAAGCAGAAGCCGUGGAAUUGGAUUGGAAUAAACGUAUAAAUGUCAUCAAAGGGUUCGUUCAUGCUUUGUCUUACAUGCAUCAUGAUUGCACACUACCAUUAAUUCAUCGAGACAUAUCGAGCAACAAUGUCUUGUUAGAUGCAGAUCUCGAGCCUCAUGUUGCUGACUUUGGAACUUCUAGAUUUCAAAAUCCUAAUUCAUCGAACCGCACUAUACUUGCAGGCACAUAUGGAUAUAUUGCUCCAGAGCUUGCUUAUACAAUGGUUGUGACAGAAAAAUGCGAUGUUUAUAGCUUUGGGGUAUUGGCACUAGAGAUAAUUAUGGGAAAGCAUCCGGGUGAACUCAACUCUUCAUUAUCCUUUCUAAAUGCAAAAGACAUUAUACUAAAGGAUGUGUUAGACUCACAUCUCCCACCACCAACACAAUUGGUAGCACAAGAUCUAACUUUCUCAAUAAUGCUUGGAAUUGCAUGCUUGCACACCAAUCCAAAAUCUCGUCCAACUAUGCAAUAUGUGUCUCAGAAACUAGGAAGCCCUACAAACCCUGAUGGCAACUGUUCUACACAAAUUCAUUGUGGUAAUUAGGCACCUCGAAAUAAAAUCAAAUCCAUAUAGUUUCAUUGAAGUGGAUUGUAGAUUGCUAAGGUGUUUUCAUGUUGUAUUUAAAGUAUUGUUAGUUUCUUUCUUAAAUUGUUUUUUUUUUUUUUUUU